GCACAGCUCUCUCUUCCUCCCCUCGCUGCCCCGCUCGCCGCAGCCUUUCCACGCUCGGCAUCCCGGAACAGGAAAGUCCCGGUUCAGCUUUCCCCCAUAAGAUCCUGUCUCCCCCCGCGGCUCCCCUCCCUCUGCCCCUUCCUGCCUCUGGCCUUGCGGAGGGAGCCGCUGCGCUCCGUGCGGAGCCGGAGCCGCAGCCGAGCUCGGGGCGGGUGGCGGGUCGCUGGGACGGGGCUCUGGGGACCCUGCGGCCGGGCUCAGCCCCCAGUCCGCCACCGGCCUUGAGCCGCAGCCCGGUGCCCGCGGGCACUCUACAGCCUUGAGCCGAGAUCCUGAAGUUAGCGGUUUGGUGGUGUGGGUGUUGUGUUGGUUUGGUUGGUUGUUUUUUUUUUCCUGUUUUGUUUUUUUCUUCUUCUCUCUCCUCCCUCGGCUCUUCUCAAGAGACAGACUGGGAGGGGGGGGGGGGGAGGGGGGAAGGAGGAAGAAUUAAGGAAGGGAAAAAAUGGCGAGUGGCAGGAGCAGCGUGGAGAGAGCGGCACUUCUGUGCUGCUUCUUGCUGGCGAGCGGGAGCCUGAGCUGCUGUGCCCGGCCCGAGGAGGAGGAAGAACACGAAGAGCAGCGCUCCUGUCACGGCGCCUUUGAUCUCUACUUCAUUCUGGAUAAGUCAGGAAGUGUCAGAAAUCAUUGGAUGGAGAUUUACUCUUUUGUGGAAAGCCUGGCUGAGAAGUUCAUAAGUCCAAUGCUGCGCAUGUCUUUCAUCGUUUUUUCUUCACGAGGCACCACAAUCAUGAAAUUAACAGAAAACAGGGAAGCCAUAAGAAGAGGGCUUGAAAUUCUACAGUAUGAAGUGCCUGGAGGAGACACAUUCAUGCAUGAAGGAUUUAAAAGGGCAAAUGAGCAGAUUUACCAUGAAACCUAUGGAGGAGUUCGGACUGCUAGUGUGAUUAUUGCUCUGACGGAUGGAGAGUUGCAAGAUGUUCAGUUCUACUAUGCAGAACAAGAAGCCAACAGAGCCAGAAGCUUUGGAGCUAUUGUUUAUUGUGUUGGAGUGAAAGAUUUCAAUGAAACUCAGCUGUCAACAAUAGCUGACAGCAUCGAUCAUGUUUUUCCAGUUACGGGAGGCUUUUAUGCCCUAAGAGGAACCAUUGAUUCAAUUCUCAAGAAAUCUUGCAUUGAGAUCCUAGCAGCUGAGCCAUCCAGUGUUUGUGCAGGAGAACCCUUUCAAGUCGUGGUAAGAGGCAAUGGUUUUUAUCAUGCAAGAAAUAUCGACCAGGUACUCUGCAGCUUCAAGCUCAAUGACAGCCUUACUAUCAAUGAGAAGCCGACUCUUGUUCAUGAUACUUAUCUGCUCUGUCCUGCCCCAGUAAUUGAAGAUGCUGGACAGGUGGUUUUCCUGCAAGUCAGCAUGAACAAUGGGCUAACGUUCAUCUCCAGCUCUGUCAGCAUCACCAGCACACAGUGUCUGACUGGAACCAUCCUUUUCAUUGCUCUCCUGAUUCUCUUUUUGCUACUGGCUCUGGCUCUUCUUUGGUGGUUCUGGCCCCUUUGCUGCACGGUGGUGAUCAAGGAGCCACCUCCACCACCUCCUCCAGAGCCUGAGUCAGAUGAUGAAGAUGGAUUGCCGAAGAAAAAGUGGCCAACCGUGGAUGCAUCUUAUUAUGGAGGUCGAGGUGUUGGUGGAAUUAAGAGGAUGGAGGUGCGGUGGGGAGAUAAAGGAUCAACAGAGGAAGGAGCAAAACUGGAGAAACCCAAAAAUGCCAUUAUUAAGCUGCCGGAGCAGGAGUAUGAGCCCUGGGAACCUAAGCCGAAAAAGCCCCAUGUGAGAAAACCUCCUUCCCAGCGGAAGUGGUACACUCCAAUCAAGGGCAAACUUGAUGCACUGUGGGCUUUGGUUCGGCGAGGCUACGAUCAAGUCUCUCUUAUGAGACCACAGCCAGGGGAUAAGGGGAGAUGCAUAAACUUCACUCGGGUAAAAUCAGAUGGGACCUCUGCGCCUUACAACCCACCACCAAAGCUGCCACGACGGGACAACGUCAACCAUGCUCCAAGGAGUCCUUCUCCUCCGGUGUCUCUGCAGCCCCCCUCCAGGCAGCCACCUCCUGGGCCACCCCCAUCCCGAGCCCCUCCUGGACCUCCCCCUUCACGGCCACCCCCACAGCCCAUGGCUUAGAGCGCAGCAAAAUCCUGAGUGGCAAAACACGUCUCUUUGCUGAACACGGCAUAUUUAUUGAGUAUUGGUUUACAGUUAAAGAUAACAGAAUUUGUUGCUGGUCAGCAAAAGAAAAAAAAAAAAAAAAGAAGAAGAAAAAAAAAGAAAUUACCAAGUGUCAGUUUUAGUGUAUGAAUAUAUUUAUACCACACGUGCUGAGUAAGCAUUCAGUGGAUAGAUUCAGAGCUAUGGGGUACACAAAAAAAACCAAAAUGUAUCAGCUAGAUACAGUAGCAGUAGCAGCUUUUGUUUGUAUACGUUUCAAGAUCUAUUUACAUGUGACAUUUGUCUGACUUGGUAUGUCAGAUCAUACAUUAGUAACUUUAGCUGGAUACACAUGCAUCUGUUGUUUUGAUAGCUGCCACCUGCAAGUUGAUUAAACAUAGUUCAUUGAAGCAUUUAUAUUCUUUCCCCCAACAGUACUGCAUCCAGAUGUUAACAUGGAACAAUGAGUAUAAAGAUAAUUUCUGCCUUUAGUUCUGCUGGUGGAACUUCCGUGAAAGUUUCUAAGGAGGCUAUAACAAUAAUAAGGUAAAAUGAGACUGUGUGCCAUUAAUUUAGCAUAGAAGAGGGGUGUCCAUCUCCUGACAAAAUUAGUUUUGAAUCUGCCAUGUCUGCAUAUGUUUAGAUCCGGUUGUGUAGGUUAGUCACUGAAGGCCAGAUUUUGGUUCAGAAACCCAAACCCUGAACAAGACCUGGGUUCAAUGUUGUCCAAAGUUCAGAAGAAUUCCAGUGAACUUUUUGGCUAGUUAUUUUGUUUUCAUUCAUAGAAAACACUUCAAAAUUGAACAAAAAUGUGUAAUUUGAGCAUGAAUGCUACCAUAUGCAAACUGUAUGUUACAUAAAUCAGGAGUAUUGGUGGACUGAUUCCAUUGCUGUUUAAUCACGGAUAAAUUUCCUUUCAGUCUUACUGCCAAGCAGAACAGGGUCAUUUUGUGAUUAAAAGAUGAAUCCUUCUGAGAGGCUUUUUUUAGACAGCCUGGAUCCCAAUAAUCUAACCUUGCAGUCUACCUAUGGUCAAGAGAGGCACGGUGGGAAGCGUCAGAGUUAGCCUUUUCCCCCCUCUUAUAUAAUGUUUGUCUGGAGGAUUUCCAACCACUGACUGUUUGCUCUUGACCUCAAUUCUGUUUGUCAUCAGAAAGUGAUGUGGGCACCUCCACCAUCACUGUACAGGUAGGAGUUUGACGCGGGACUGUGGGGCAGCCCAUGAAUUGUGUUCGCUAAGCGAUAACUGUAUGGGUUGAUCCCAGAUCAUUCCCUAGUGAAUCAGUGUAACACCUGAGCUUGCUUUUCUCUACCAGCAUCUAUCACAUGGUAUUGGAAAGGGUGGCUGCAGAUCCUUAUGCUGGUUAGCUUAGUCACUAGCUAUGUUGUUAGGAUAUCUGUAGAAAUAAUGCUUAUGUUGCAUUAUGACUCUGCAUAUAUCUAUCUCACCAUCUGUGUGUAGGUGGGGGUGUGUAGCACAUCACACUGGUUAUUGGCAUAGAAAUCCACGCUAAAGCACUAACUGUAUCAUGUGGCUGCUCCAGAUUUAAGGCCUUGUUAUGCAGAUUUUACAGACGUAUAAAUGUCCUGUUGCAAACAGGAAUCAGGCUUACUAUUGCCAGUGGAAGUCCCACUUGCAGAACAACAUACCAAGCUCUCAUGGGUCCGUGCUGAUCACUGUGACAUGCCGUGUGUAUGCAGCUGAGGCUGUCAAACUCAGAAGAACCACAGAGCCUCUUUCUCUUCUUGCACUGCUUUGCUCUCUUGAGUUAUGCCCUUACCUCAUGUAUAUUGGUGCAGGUAGUGGAAUCACACUCAUGGUUGUCAGCUGGCCUUGGAGCUGUUCCACAUUCAGCCAGCAAAGCACUUCUGCAUGCAUUAAAAUGUCCUGCAGGUCAAGAGGAACAUCCCUAUGCCCACUACUUUGCUGACCUGUGACUAUAUCAUGAUCAGAAAGGAGAAAGGAUGCACUUAAUCCUCAUUUUUUUUGGUCACUUGAAUAGGGUUUGCAAAAUGUGGUCCAUAAGAAUGGAUUUCUCUUUGGAGGAGAAGUGUGUGUAAGUGUGUAUGUGUCUGUGUGUGUGGGAACUGUGUAGGUUUUUAUAUUUGGUUUCUCUUCCUUUACAAAAACUGUUCAGAGUGGCAUUCCCAUGAAUGGAAAGGCAACACAGUGAUCACUUACCUCCUUUUCUUUCAGCUGAAAGGUGAAACUAUGUCAAUUUUCCGCUGCUUUUCUGGUGAAACUCCACUUUUGACACAAGAGGAAGGAACUGGAUGACUCCAGUGAGGGGUGGGCACCUGGAAGUGGGGGAAGGUGCUUUAAAAGCAGAAAUCAUUGGUUAACAUUUUUUUUUUUUACCUAAGGAAUCCUAUGUGAGACAAAUUUGCUAGAUCUAGGACCUGUUGUAACGUGAACAUGCAGUUGAACUUAAUAGCAUCUCAUGUUGUCCAUGUAAGAAUCACAAGCCAACAAACGCUAGUUAGGAAUUGAAAUUGCGCAUAAUAAUAAUAAAAAAAAACCAGCCCUGCCACAGCAAAACAUGGCCUUUGAGGCUUAUCUGUAUGUGAAAUUGGGGCAGACCCAAGUCUCUUAUCAGCAUGUGGUGAUCAGAUUGUAACAAUGGUGGAUUCCACAAAUGAUGGAAUAUUGAAAGGAAAAAAAUUCUUACAGAUUUUGUAUCUCUUCAAACUUGCAACAAAUGGAUCAGAUGUGAAAAAGCCCAGAAGACAUACUCUUUAUUGUCUUGCUCCCAUAUAAUUCUUGAAGAUAGGUCAGUAGAGUUGUUACAGAUCUGAAUUCAUGUUACUGUAGAAUUUGACUUAGUUUCAGUGAGAACAGGAGUGUUGACUAUAGAAAAUCAAACUUCCAAUAUGUCUGUCUCUUCUGGUUGAGGAAAGUAUCUUCCUUUGCUACAAUAGCCAGUCUUGCAGAAACAAGAUGCUUACAUUUUCUACGUAAUAUGCAAUUGCAUGAAGAAUAGGAAUGAUCUGGGUUUCUAGGUGAUCUAUACAUAAUAAAGCAGAAAGCACCAUGAAAAUUAAAUUCAGCGUAAACGGAGUUCCCAGCAUCUUCUUUAUGUAAAAUUAAGCUUCUCUGAUGGGAGCAGUGCAGGUUUAGGUGAUAGUUUGCUGGUAACUUGGGAAAAAGAGAAAGCAAACCUGGCUGAAUUGCCUUUGCAGUGGGGGGCCGUAAACAUACUGCACUGGCUAUGGAAAGACUUCUUGUCUUUGGAGCAAAAUUGCCAUUUGCAGUGAUCUCAGGCACUAUAACAAUGCAGUAGGAGAAACUGGUUAUUUUACAUUCUGUUGAGCUUGAUCCUUACCUGGUGUAAAUCAGCAUAGGCAAAUUGAUGUCAAGACAGUAAUAUUGAUGUCUCUGAGCUGAGAGCUGACUCAAAAUGAAGGAAGGGACAAAAUCCUUGCAACUGGCUUGAUAUUUGACUAUGUUUAUUUUGGUAUGCAUGUAUAGCAGUUGUGACUGCAGUACUUACACUGCUGAGAAAUGUUCUCAUGUGGGAGGAUUCCCCUGUAUGUUCCAGCUCAUUGCAUCAUUAGAAACUUACAAAAAAGUGAACAACUAUUUCUUCCCCCCAUCCAAGAGAAUAACUGAGGAUUUAAGGAGCUUUUGGCUCACACUUAUUGCAGAUGUUAAAUGACACAAGGUGCAAAGAUGUGGGGAGGGAAACUCCAUGCGUUUAAAGCUGAUAUGGAACCAUGUUGAUCAAAGCAUUUUUAUGGCCAUCUUUCAACCCCAGUGCAUGUAUUGCCAUCUGUGGGAGUAGCCUGCAGAGCAGACGGCCUUAAGUGUAAGAAAGAAAAAGAAAGAAAAAGAACCAGCUCCUCAUCUGAAUGAGCGAGCACAACAAUGAAUGACAUUAUUUUGUGAACUGUACCAGUUCAAAUGCAUGUGCACCUGGUGCUCCUAAUGCUUUUUACUCCUGUUGGUCUUUAGACAACGUGAUCAGUAAUAUGCUUUCUCUCUUUAAAUGUUAGCUGUUUUUAUUGCUGUUGUUUUGUUUUGUUUUGUUUUAAAAAAAAAACAACAUUUCACUGAGAAGACAGCCCUACUUCUGUAAAUAUAGAGUUUAAUUUGGAGGAGACAGCACACUUCUGGAUGUUACUGCUGGACAGUUAUUUAUUAAAGGGGCUUAAGGUGAAUAAAUACAGGUGGCUCAGGAUACAUGCAUGCAAGUGUGAUAAUGCAGUAUAGCAUUUUCAGUUCUCGGUAGUUUUGGGGAAGGGGGAAUUUUAGGGUCAUCAUAGUAUGUUUAGAAGUUUGUUAGUGAUCUGAUACUUUCAGUAAUACAAUAGAGAUUCCUAACAUUUAACAGUGCUUGAAGAGAUUAUGAUAGAUUUUUCUUUUUUUUAAAGUGGGUGGGUGUUGUGAAGAAGAAAUGUUUUUGUUUUUAAGGGAAAAACAAUGUACUGUACUAAACCUUUUUCUAAAAAAAAGAAGAUGUGUGUUUUCAGAAACAGUGGGAAUGCUGGCUGAGAGACAGCCAGGGCAAGGAGAUGAGGGACAGAGGAACCAGAUGGAUUUCUGAUGGACAAAGAGGUUUUAAAUGGGGAUGUGGGUUUGUUAUUGAUACAUGUGGUACAAAUUUCUGUAACUGACAUGCUGCUUCCAUGUUAUAAUCAUUUAACCUUUAUGCAUUUUAUGCGCCUGCUCCAUUUUUCUAAGAAAAUCCUGCAAAUGUAAUGCCUGCAUGCAAAUGUGGGAGAUGUAGCCAAAGUCUUAUAAUCCAACAUAAUGUAGUCUUAAUGAAUUCAAAAUCAACAAUAAAAGUGCUUACUGGUUAAACACUACAGAGAA